UCCGCUCCCCACAGAGAUGGCUGGUGGUCGCUUUCGCUGCCUGAGCUGCCUUCUCGCGUACACGGCCGCGCUGCUUCUCAGGGUCUCCCGCCACGAUGUGGAGGCUGCAGAAGGAAAGCAAGUCAUUCAUAAAAGAGUUGGAGACUCUGUGGAGCUUUUAUCAAAUUUACCAACUGAAGGCGUCAUAAGGGCAGAAUGGAAAUAUAAAAACUCACCAGUAGCAAUCAAAGGUUCAGGUCUUACUGCAAACAAUCCAUUUCAGGGCAGAGUGGAGUUCAAUAACAUAAGCCUUAGUUUAACAAUAAAAGACCUGACUCUUCAAGAUUCUGGUGAAUUCAGUUUUAGUUCAUCAACAGACAAACAAAGACCUGCAGUCUUCCUCACUUUGCAAAUUCACGAGCCGAUAUCCACAAAUUCAAUUGUGUUUUCAAACAUCACUCAGCCUGGACCAAAUGGAUUUUGUACAGUUUUUCUGGAGUGCAACGCAAAUCCUCACAGCGACGUCACCUACAUCUGGACUGUGGGAACACAAACCAGAAGUGGCUCCAGGCUGCAAUACAGCAUUAGACCACAAGAUGGCGACACCACAUUCACCUGCAAUGCCUCCAAUGUUGUCAGUGAGGAGUUAACAUCUGAAACACUGAGAUGUAGCAACAACACAGGAUCUACAGGCUCUAAUGACGAUACAGGAAUCCCAAUCCUAGUCUGGAUUAUUGUUGCAGCAGUUGGAGGUUUACUGAUCAUUAUUAUAAUCAUAGUGGUGAGCGCAUGUCUCUGCAAAAGAAGAUGGUCUGGCAGUGACUCAAACGAACUCACAGUUUAUGCCGAUAUCUCAGAUUUUUCAUCUGAAGUUAGUCCCACUGACAAGCCCUGCUCUCUGUACGACACUAUCGACAACAGAAACAGCCCGGAUCACCAGAUGCCUCAGACGAUCUACGACAAGAUCCAGAUUGAACGGAUGAGGAAGGCUUCAGUGUCUCCGUACCAGGAGGUUUCCUAGACGGUUUGAACCUUUACAGUUUGGUGCACCUCAGAAAAAAAGUCAGAAAACACCUGGUAGCGUUUAACGGUUCCUGUGUAAUGGAGGAACCAUUAGAGCCGAGCGUAAUUUUGUGACAUUUUCAGUAACUUUAAGAUUGUGGGCAAUUUUGCUCCAAGGACGUGUUGUCCAAGUUACACAUUAUACCUGUUCAUGUCAAUGAGGGCUUUGGCAUUUACAUGUAAUGUCAGACCCUCUUCAGACCUGGAAAACAAAAGAGAUGAUCUAUUAACAUGUUUGUUGGUUGAUAAAGACAAACAGUCCACUGGAAAUGUAUCCAAACCCCUGGAUCUGUUUCCACAUUUUGUCACAUUCCGACUAUGAUUUGUGUGAUAAACAGCACAAAGUAGCAUAUAAUUUGGAAGUGGGAGGAAAAUUAUACAUGUUCUGUAAAAGAUGCAGUGAAUUUGGUUUCGGACUCUUCAACCUGUGAAUCUCUGUAGCUCCUCAAGAGUGACCGUAUAGUAUCCUUGGUUGCUUAUUGAAUUGAUACGUAGUUCUCAUGUGACAAAACACUUUGGGGAACUUUGUAGCUGUCAGCCAUCUUGGUAGGGAUCAUAACUAUAUGUAAUGGUAGUUGCUAUGGAGUUGCUAUGACAAUAAACAACCCACAAGCUUAGAACUAGCUCUUGCCUCGUUUCUGUCUAAUUAAUAAACAAUAAAAGUACAUUACAACUACUACUCAGUUACAAUUUUUUAGUACCUUCAUUUUAUUGGACUGGAAGCUGUAGUUCAUCUAUGUUUUACAUCUUCUACCAAGAUGGCAGUUCAGUGGUGUGGAUCACUUCCAGUUCAGAUUCGUGGGAAUUAUGUAUUAAUGUGUGUGAAGUUUCAACAAAUAAAGCCCAUUUUCUCACUCUUUGGAGCAACAAAAAGAGAGGUUAAGAUAAUUAGUCAAAUUUCUAAAAUAAUACACAUAUCAGAUAUCGGUGGAUGAUAUGCAAAUUAAUAAUAAAAAAAAUUGAUAAAACCUAAUUUAGGGACGAUGAUCUGCAAAAUGGAUUAUUGUUCAUUUAAAAUGUGUCCAUGUUUUUUCCUAAUUUUAAACUGGGAUGUGUAUAACUUUGUUUUAAAAAGUGCAACUGGGCUCUGUAACUUAUGUUUGUACAUCUUGUAAAUAUAUAGAUGAUAUUAAAAAAUGUAUAUCUUGUUGAGGUUCACUUGUUGCCUUUCCUCCAGAUGUAUAUCUGCUUUUUAUGUUUUUUUUUUUAUUUAUUUUUUAAACCAUCUGUACUAUAAUAAAAUUUUACAUUUUGUCUGA